UUCAGUUGUGCUGGUGGUAUUGGAGGCACGGCACAAUGGGCAAAAGCAAAUCGAGGGAGUGAAAAGAGCUGAGACGCACAUGGCUUUUAAAUGGACCUCACCAAUAAACAGUUGUGACUUACAGCCCAGAAAGGACAACACAAGGGGACCUGCACAGACUCUGUCUUUGAAGCACUGGCCAGGAAAAAAGUUGCCAGGCAUUUUUUUAUUUUUUUUUUUUUCAGUUCUGACAGAUUCAUUGAGGAGUCAGCUGAUGGGACGGUGAGCAGCGUUUAAAGAAGCUGAAGAACGAAAGGUUUUAACCUGGAUCUGAGAACAAAAACAGAACAGCAAAGGAGAGAGAGAAGACGAACACGCAUGAGGCAACCUACAAUGCACUGAUAGCGAGGAAUGGAAAGGAUCAGCGUGGAAACAGACUGGGAUGGGUUAGGUCUCUCCUCUCCGGGCGCCAAGGGAAGAAACAUCUCCUCGUUUGUUACUGAGCUGAACUCACUCAACAUUUCUCGCGGCGGAGGGUCCCUCUUUGGGAUCUUAAUAGAGAACGGCUCCAACGCCACGUCUCACACCGAUCCGCAACCCAGGUCGAGGGACCAAGGCCUGGCCCGGGCCGAGAUCGCCAUUCUGGGGGUGGUGCUGGCUCUCACCACGCUGGGCAACAGCUUCGUGUUGUGGGUGCUUUUGAGAAGGAGGAAGUACAAUGCACCGAUGCAUCUGUUCAUGGUCAACCUGUGUGUGGCUGACCUGGUGGUGGCUCUCUUUCAGGUUCUGCCCCAGCUGAUAUGGGACAUAACAGAGAGGUUUCAGGGGCCCGACUUGCUCUGCCGGUCCGUCAAGUAUUUGCAGAUUGUGGGGAUGUUUGCUUCUUCCUACAUGAUAGUUGCCAUGACAGUCGACAGACACCAUGCCAUCUGCUGCCCGCUGCAGGCCUACCGCGUUGGGGCUAUGUCCCGCUGGAACACCCCUUUGAUAGUGGCGUGGGCUCUGGCUCUGGUCCUCAGCAUACCGCAGGUGUUCAUCUUCUCCCGCUCGGAAGUGGCUCCGGGUGAGUUCGAGUGCUGGGGUCACUUCACCGAGCCGUGGGGGCUGAAGGCCUACGUCACCUGGAUGACCGUGGCUGUGUUCCUGCUGCCCGCCCUCAUCAUCACCAUCUGCCAGAUAAGAAUCUUCCGGGAGAUCCACAACAACAUCUACUUGAAGUCAGAGAGGAUAAUGAUGGCCGAGCUCAAGAGGAGUGAAAUCCUCCUUCGCUUCCGGGGCCUCAGGAAGGAGGACGAGCGAGACAGGGAGAGGGGAAGACAGGCGACCGGGAGAGAAGGAGGAGGAGGACAGCUCCUGAAGGACAAUGACGCCCACGACUGCGAAGUGGGAGAACAUUACGACUAUGUGCCGUCUGUCAUUCAGUAUAGUAGCUGCUGCGGCGAACAUCAGACAGCAGCCACAACGCUGACGCAGGAGCAAAUACAGAACGGCUCAGAUUUCCGGGAGUCCUGUGCCAACUCCGCCCACUGCUCCCUGGACUAUGCCCCCCCUCCACAUCAGGUCACUCCAGCCCCCAGCAUCACCAAGGCAAUGUCCAAGACGGUGAGGAUGACCCUGGUCAUAGUGUUGGUCUAUACCGUCUGCUGGUCACCGUUCUUCAUCGUCCAGCUGUGGGCGGCCUGGGAUCCAGACCCUCCAGACCAAGGAGUGGCCUUCACAAUCCUGAUGCUGUUGGCCAGCCUGAACUCGUGCACCAACCCGUGGAUCUACACGGCUUUCUCCAGCAGCGUGUCCAGAGAGCUUCAAAACCUGCUGCAGUGUCGGUCACGACUCGGCCGACGCGGCUCCCUCCCGGACGACUCUACGGCCACACACACUUCCACCACUAAGGACAACCUGUACUGACAAACACCUAGAAGACGGACACACCGAGACUCGCUUGAAAGUACAUGGCGGCUGGGCUGCAUGGACGCCGUGCCGCGAGGAUCGAUGCCUCUGCCGCUGAUGUCGCCAUCUGCAGCAUCGCCGCUUGAGAACAGUCCGACCUUUACCAGAUGUUUGCUUUGACAAAGGACAGCUGUACCCUCAGCAGGACAUCCGUCUGUACUCACCUGCCUGCUCCGCCCCCGCUCUACCUACAGGAAGGAUGCCAUUGACAUGUCAACAGCACGCGCCGCCGAACCUCGCAGUGCGUCUGCGAUGCAAAAUGACCUGGAAAGUCAAGAGACUUUCACUUCAGUAGCUUCUGGCUCGGGUCUCGUGGAGCGAUUCAUGUGGGGAAAAUAAAAAGAAAACACUGCCUGAUGUUCCUGGUGUUCACACAGCGGAGAACACCAGGAAUGCUAAAGACGGAUCGCUGCAUUAAUAUCCUCUUGGCAGGCCAAAUGCACCAGGCAGCAGACAAAGCUGUGGAUCCAGAGGAACCCGGACAGCAAUAAGAGAGAUGGCUUCGAAACCGAAGAGAACAAAUGUUGUCUUUUUAUUAUUGUUAUUAUUUAUUGUUAAUGAAAGAUCAAAGGCUGAAUUCACACUUUGAAGGAAGUCUUCAGAAGUUGGACACGUAUUCACUCCUGAGGUUGCUGAGUUGAAGUAAAGCUGCAGAAAAACACACAUAAAACACUCUCAAACAGGAGGGGAGAAAGGAGGAAAGAGCAGAAACGAACAAACAGAUUUUCCACGAGCGAAACUACAACGAUGUGGCUGUAGUUUGAGUAAACAUACAAGACUUUCCAAUCACGGAGACUCCGAAAGUAUGAACCACGAACACUAGGAUGAAGAAGUUACAUUCCAGGCGCAGUGCAGAUAAUGUAAAGUAUAUUUAUUGACCACGUACGGCACAACAAAUACUACCUUUUAUUUAAAAGUCGAAUGUGAACCAUCAAAUGUGAUGGUGCGUUGAGGGAAAACGAAAAGAUGUCAAACCAAAGUUUUAGCUACGCAGGUCUUAACAGUAACGAGCUUCAACAGACGUGAGGGAAAUCGCUGCAGUUUAACAGAACUGUUGGGAAGAAAGUCCACAUUAAGAGGGAAAUGAGUCCAAACAAAGUGCCUGGGAUGUGAGUUAUAGAUGUUGUUAGAAGGGCCUCACUGAACGUUUUAAUCUCCAAAUGAUGUCAGCUGUGUUGUUAUUAGACAGAGCUACCAUCAGAGCAGGGAUUGUAAGAGUUGUUAUAUAACAUCAUGAGCCAUUUAUACAUUUUACUUUCUUAUUUAUUGUUUUAAAAAUUACACACACACAUAUAUAUAUAUAUAUUUUUGCACAUUAUUUUUCUUUCAGUGUAUGACAUUGUGCCCCUUCACUGCAUGGCAAACUAAAUGUUUUUUUUAUAUAUAUAUAUACAGUAGGCUAUAUAUAAAAGUGUUAUAAUAGAAGCUCUUCUUCUUUCGACAGAUACAGUACAUCUGCACAGACGUUCCAUCACGCUUCUCGAUGCUUAUGUUAACAGGUUUAGGGUACACAAGUUUCAAAUUCAAUUUUAAAAACACUUUAUUGAAACCGACGGGAAAUUGAAUAAAUAAAUAAAUAAAUAAAUACAUUCAUUGUGGAUUUCCACCUGUCGAGAGAAGGCUGUUCGACUUCGAGAGACGCUGAGGAGUGAGUGUAAUCAUUUCAGUCAGCUCUGAUGCGGCAGGGUCCCGUUAAAACACACAGAUUGCACUGGAUAUAGAGUCAUCAAGGUUCAGGCUUCCCCCAAAGUUUGUUUGUUUCUGACUCGGCAGUCUUUCCGUUUGUAUUGUUGUAAAACUCACUUCGCCGCAGACGGUUGUGAUCAGGCUGUUCUAGGCUUCUGAUUGGUUCCUGAAUAUCUCAAUCAAUUUCAUUUCAUCUGGGGGUAACAGUUUGAUCAGACUGGGAUUCUGAUAAGCAUAAAUGACAUAGAAGGAGGUAAACAGUGGUGUUUUGGAGUGGCCCAUUUAACCUUAAAUAUACAGACUGUUUAAAAAUUAAUUCAGGAUGGGAAAUCAAUCUAUACAAGUCAACUAAGGAAUGCACAUCGAUAGUAAAUAUCAGUGGAGGGGGAUGUAUUUAUCUAAACUUGUGUGUAAUGUAUAUUUUUGACCAAUGCACAUGUGAUAAAAUUCACAAUUUGUUUAAACUGUGCAUCUCUUACUUUCUAUACUAAUUGAAGCUGUAUUUAUUCCACACUUUUAAAAAAAAGAACAAUUUCAAUACAUCAUAAAAAGACUUUUUUCCCCCCCUUUUUUAAAUAAAAUCUAUUUAAAUGCUAGGUGUGUUCAAAUUUCUGACCAGAACUGUAACUCUGUGUGUAUAAUAUUAGGUGAGAUUUUAAGUGUCCACUUCAGCUGAGAUGUUCCUGAAAAUAACGCUGCGUUUUGUUCAGGGCUGUUCGGUUCGGCUCGUUCUCCUGUUUUCACCUGAGCAGCAGCAGCAGCAGCCGCAGCAGCAGCAGCAGCAGCAGCAGCAGCAAUGUUAUGCGAGUCUUCAGGACAAUACUGGGAGGCUUUCAAGGUGCCUGAGGAGCCCUCGCCCUUGUUGAAGGAGUGCCUCACCUUUUCCUCUGUGAGCCCAAAGUGUUUGGGCUUCCAGCACGCCACCGUGCAUUUGUUCCCCAGACUCCAGGCCUCCUACUUUGAUUCUCGGCCAAACAAAAGGUUAUUGCAGCAACGUCCCGUGUCUCACUUUGUUAUAUCAGGAAAUGGAUAAACUUCUCCCAAGCCUUAGGAGUAUUUGUGUGUUUUUCCUCUCUUUCUGUCAGGAAGCAGAAAGGUCAAAGGAUGAUUCCUCUGCAUGAAAAGGCCCAGACUUCAGGUCAGGCACACUUGAUCUUCCCAUUAUUCGUUUCUUUUGGUCAUUAAAGCACAUUAAAAACAGCUUAAUAAUAACAAAUGGGCUAUGAUGGAGAGAAAAAUCACUGACGUAAACAUCUUUGAACAUCAACUAAAAAUAGAUCCAUCCUUGCAGUGAAUUUCUGUUUGACUCCUGAGAGCAGAGAGCCGGCAUAACCGCAGACAUCAUCCUUCCUCUCUUUUCAUAAAACAAGAUCGAUGGGUCUUUACUUGGUCACGAUUUGUCCGCGAUCAGGUGGCACAGCUUGGGUGUCCUGAUGCCCCUUGUUUUUAAACUGAACUGCGGUCAACGUCGAGAUUCAAGGUCACCUCGUCAAUACAGCCAGGCGGCAAGUUCUGCCGGGCCUGCGGCCGCAAUGGGGUGUGAGGGGAAACAAAUGACCUGAGCUGGAUGGCCGCAAGGACGGAGAAAAGGGGGGAUGGGAGGAGGAAAGGGUGCGUCCUCCUUCCUCAGAUCAGUGUGAAGUCAGCCGAGGAAUGACAGGGAGGGGGAUCUGACCUUUAUCUCUGUCUGUAUAAAUCAGAAAUCACACCAGGAGUGAUCUGUCUUACUGAGGAACCCUUGUCUGUCUGCAGACCAGCUGUCUGCUGAAGCUGGUGCUCAGAUCAGUCCAAGACUGCAGGAGCCUUAUCUACCACAACAACUCUAGGAGGAGCAUUAAACUACAUGUCCAGAUAAAGCAAAAGAAAAAUGAUGCUGCUGUUAUGACCCCUGGAUUGCUUUUGCUUUCACAUUUGCAUCGUUACAUGCAAUCGUCAUUACACUUAUUCUUCAUUUAUUUCUUCGUCUAGAGAGAGAUGUGUUUACAUUUUUCAGGCCCUCGUCAGGUUUUAAAUCAAAUUUUUUUUUUGCCUCAUGUUCUCAAGAAAGAAAAAAUAUGACCUGAUUCAAAAAAGGGGGCUCUCUGGGAUCAAGGUUAUCUUUUAUCACUCUGAGACACCUUGUUUUCGUUACACCUCAACAAGCCUCUGCAGCGUUUCGUCUCAUUAGAGUAAGAAUUUUAAAAAAAACCUGAGGCAUGUGGACGCUGUCUGAUAAAACCUGGUUUAUGGGGUUUGUUCAGCACGCAUUUUACAGGAUUUAUGUGCUGUGAAAUGUCUUGUUGUGAUGUGUCUCCUCUGGCUUAACCUGCAGUAUUUCAUAGUGACUGAGCCAGCUGAUCCAUGCAUAUAAACACGGCAUGUUUGGGGAGUGUCUAAAGUGAUAGAGGAGAAAAAGGUCAUUUCAAGAGCAUACAACAACACACAAAAAUAUUCAUAUCGCUAAGAUUUUUACAUUUUGUCUCUUUAAAACUACAAACGUCAGCGUAUUUUACGCAAAUGUGUUGGACAGACCAACACAAUGUAGAGCAUAAUUGUAUGAAAGGGGGAAAAAAAAUGACCCGUCCAUAACGGUAGAGUCGUGCAUUCCACAAAUAUGGACUGGUUUAGAUUAAAGGCAUUUUCAUGAGUUGCAACGGCCACAAAUGUGUGAAAGUGAUUGGUUCAAGCCUCUGACUCGGACGGGCUGAAUACAGAUCCAUGUCACAAUUUUCAGAUUCGUAUUUGCCAAAAAUGUGGAAAAACCAUCGAUCAUUUUUAUUUGACUUCGCUGCUUCAUUACUUGAUGUUGAUCCGUCGCCUAAACUCCAAAGGAAACACAGGCAGACAAAGCAGGUCACAGAGAGCACAGACCAGACAGAGACAAUAGCUAUUAUGCAGAAGUACUGUAAAAGCUGCUCUGAACUGUUUUAUUAGAAGGAGGUAAACAUUUAACACGUUAAACAGAAACUGUUAUUGUAGGGAGGGACGUGGCCAGCGCAGUAAAAAGAUACAGCCCUCUGUAAGAUUACUGAGGUAGCCCAGCGUUUGUUGACCUUCUCCUGUCUUACAGAAAGUUAGAUUGAAGAGCAGCAAAAACAAAGCUUUUGGACAGAAAGUGGGACUCCAUCUCCGAGACGCCAGUUUCCACAUUGCUGAUUCCCAGUAAGCCCAUCAUUGUCUGCCCAGGAGUCAGUGCUUUACACACCUCUGUCAAAGCAGCUUUUAUUUGCCUUACAGCACAUGUACACACACACACACACGCACACACGCCCACACACACACACACACACACGCCCACACACACACGCCUACACGCCGAUGCACGCACAAACACACACUGUUUUUUGAACAUUUCUUUCAAUAACUGAAAUAUGAUAUGCAACUUAUUGGUUUCCAAAUGUUUGUUAAACUUGUUCAUAAAAGUUCAUAAAAUAUAUUUUUUUGAAAUUGAAAAGUUGCGACAAAAUAAAAUUUUAGGAGCCUUUUUUUUUUUUACAUCAAAGUAAUCAGGGGAUGUGUUUGAAACCUGGCAUAUAGUUACAAUGUCAUGCAAGACAAUUAUUGUGCAGCAACAUAAAAGAAGAAAUAUGUUUCAUGUAAAUAACGGAAGAAUUUUACAUUAUGUGUUGCAUAAUUGUUAAAAUACAAUAAAAAAUUAAUUCUCAGACGUAUUUUUCUUUGUAAGUCAGAAUUUGACAUAUAUAAAACUAAUCUUUAACCAUUUGCGUCCU